GGUGUCCGAAAGGGGCGCCGACGGGAAGCAGCGGUCGCGGCAGGAGACUGUGCGUCACCAUGGUCACCACCAGUGCCUCGACCUCCACUACUGCCCCGGAAACGUCUAUCCCUCGCUCCUGACUUCCGGUCAGCACAACAUCGGCUUCAACUUCCAGCUCCCAAUCGACGGAUCAAUUCCGCAGACAUUGGAAGCAAAGUUCGGCGGAAUUCGGUAUUUCAUCGAAAGUCACGUGAAAAAGACGGAAUUCUUCGCUUUCGACGAAAAGACCAAAAUUGGAAUCAAAAUCAUUUCCAAUCCUUUGAUUUCCGCGCAAGAAAUCGCCUUACCGGUGAUCGCGAGCACCAACAAGACGGUGGGCGUGUUCGGGGGCGCGCCCCUCUCGUUGAGGGCGGAGUGCGCGCGCACAGCGCAUCCAAUCGGGCGCGCGAUGGCGAUCACGUGUUUCGUGGACAACCGGAGCAAGAAGGCGAUGACGUUGAACGCGACGCUCAAAGAGGAAACGCUGUUCUUCGCGUCGGGCGCGCAGAAGAAGACGGAGGAGAAGAUCGCGCG